GGAGGUUUCUGGCGGCGCCGGCGCCAUUUUGCCGGAGCGUGCGAGCUAGUGGGAGCGGAGCGCACCGGUCGUUGUAGCCGUCGCCUUCCUCCUCCCCACAGUCCAGACAGCGGGGCGACUAGGCCGUCGGCCCUCGAGCCGAGACUUGUCUCUUUUCCUUUAGUUCUCGGGAGCGCCUGGCCGACAUGAGUGAUGUAGAGGAGAACAACUUCGAGGGCAGACUUCCCAUCUCUGCUCCGAGGUGCGGGUCCCCGGCGCGGUGGGGCAGGAGGCGGCGGGGCGCUCCCUCCGGCCGGAUAGUGGAGUCUCGCUCUCAAUCAAAAUCUCCAACGGGAACUCCUGCUCGAGUAAAAUCAGAGAGCAGGUCAGGAUCUCGUAGUCCAUCAAGGGUUUCCAAACAUUCUGAGUCCCACUCUCGAUCAAGAUCAAAAUCCAGGUCAAGGUCGCGGAGGCAUUCUCACAGACGAUACACGCGAUCCAGGUCCCAUUCCCAUAGGAGGCGAUCUCGAAGUAGGUCCUACACACCAGAGUAUCGGCGGCGAAGAAGCCGGAGUCACUCUCCGAUGUCUAAUCGCAGAAGACACACUGGCAGCAGGGCAAAUCCAGAUCCCAACACUUGCCUGGGAGUAUUUGGCCUCAGUUUGUACACAACAGAGAGAGAUCUUCGUGAAGUAUUUUCUCGAUAUGGACCGUUGAGUGGUGUCAAUGUGGUUUAUGAUCAGCGAACUGGGAGGUCACGUGGAUUUGCCUUUGUUUAUUUUGAGAGGAUAGAUGACUCUAAGGAGGCCAUGGAAAGAGCAAAUGGGAUGGAGCUGGACGGCAGGAGAAUUCGUGUGGAUUACUCUAUCACCAAGAGAGCCCACACACCCACACCAGGCAUUUACAUGGGCAGACCAACUCAUAGCGGUGGUGGAGGUGGUGGAGGAGGAGGCGGCGGCGGUGGUGGAGGAGGUGGUAGACGGCGAGACUCUUACUAUGAUAGAGGAUAUGAUCGAGGCUAUGACAGAUACGAAGACUAUGAUUACCGGUACAGAAGAAGGUCGCCGUCUCCUUACUAUAGCCGCUACAGGUCACGGUCAAGAUCUCGUUCCUAUAGCCCAAGACGCUAUUGAUAAUGGAGUGAUUGUGCCCAAGGACUUUACUUUUUUCCUUUUUCCUUUUGGAUUUCCAAUGCUUCCUAGAGGGGAAAAAUUCCUGGUUUAUUUAAUCUAUGCGUGACCAGUUGGGUUGAUGUUUCCUACCCUUUGUUAUACUCUUAAGGUGUCAUUGUCAUUUGAGUAGUUAAUGACUGAGGGAAAAGGAGCGCAGUGUUAUGCCUUGUGUUCUUUGCCUUUACUAAAGAUUACGGUCUUUUGAAAGCUGUUGUGAUGGACAUUGUAGUAGACAUAUCUUUGAGAGAAGAUAACGCUUUAAGUAGAUCAGUCAUGUCAGGUUUGUCUGCAGUGGCAUGGAAG